GCUUGCUCUGCUUCAUCACAAGUACGCAUACCUAACAGCGGCAAUGGCGCCAGCGCAGCAAGCCUCGCCACCCCCGAUUCUCAGCGUCCUCGACACCACUCUCGUAGCGCCCUCGCCCAGCGCCGGCGCCGCCCCGCCGGAGUCCUCCCUCCCGCUCACCUUCUUCGACGUCUUCUGGCUUAACCUCCCACCCGUCGAGCGCGUCUUCUUCUACCGCCUCGCCGCCGACGCCGACGUCCCCGCCAUCCUCUCCAACCUCAAGACCUCGCUGUCCCAGGCCCUCCACGCCUACUACCCGCUUGCCGGCCGCCUCCGCCUCACGCCCGGGACGGCUGACCGCUACGAGGUCUACUACCAGCCUGGCGACGGUGUCACCUUCACCGUCGCCGAGUACCGUGAUGAUGUUGACGUCGAUGAGCUGGCCAUCGACCAGCCGAGGGAGAUCAUCAGGAUCGCGCCGCUCGCACCGCCACUCCCCAAGGGCGGCGCGGUGCUCGCGCUGCAGGCCACCGUGAUGCGCCGUGGCCUCGCCAUCGGCAUGGCCGUGCACCACGCCGCCUGCGACGGGGCGACCUCCACGCGCUUCCUGCACACCUGGGCGGCGGCCAGCACCGGCGCCGUCGGCCCACCACCCCCUGUCAUCGACAGAACCCUCGUAAAGGACCCAACGGGUCUCUACGACGUCUUCGUGAAAGCCAAGCCGACCGCCGGCGAGAUGGACCGCGUCAAGACGUGGGAGCACCGACUCCUCGCCACGUUCACACUGUCCAAGGAAGAGAUACAACGCGUCAAGGACGUGGUAGCCAGCGAGGCCGGGCGGCGAGGCGCUACGCCGCCGCGAUGCUCCUCGUUGGUGGCCACCUUCGGCUUCAUGUGGUCAUGCCACCAGCGAACUAAAGAUACAGGAAGCACCGGCGCAGACCCGACAUACUUGCUCUUCCCCGUCGACCACCGCUCACGGAUGAAGCCUCCCGUCCCGGAGGAGUACCUCGGCAACUGCGUCGGCAUCGCCACGCAUGCCGCACCCAUGGACCAGCUCGCGGCAGCCGGCGGCCUCUUCAUCGCGUGCACGGCGGUAGCUGCGGCGAUCGACGAAGCGGUGCGCGGAAUCGGCUCACCUGAGACAGUUGCGUUGUGGAUGCAUCGGGUCAGGGAGGCUGGCGUCGCCGGCAUGUGGACGGUGGCCGGGUCGCCGAGGUUCCGCGUGUACGAGGUGGACUUUGGGUUCGGGCGGCCGGCCAAGGUGGAGAUCGUGUCCGUGGCGAGAACCGGCGCCAUGGCGGUGGCAGAGGGCCGGAGCGGCCGCGGCGGCAUCGAGGUGGGCAUCUCUCUGCCGGCGGCCGGCAUGCAGAGCUUUCAAAUGUGCUUCCAAGAUGCCAUUGACUGGCUUCACCAGUAAACAAGUGAUGCAUAUCAUUUUUCCUUUUUCUUGUGGUAAAUCAAGUGAUAGUAUUACGUAUAAUGUGCAAUUAUGCAUACCCGUAAGGCCGUAAGAUAAGUACGUACGAAGUUCAUCAUGUAAUACGUACGAUGUUAUAGUGUAAAUUGAUACGUACACUUGACUUGAGGUUGAGGUCUCUUGAGGAGCUAUAUAGCAUUGCGUUGGUUGUGUUCAGAUACGGGAAGUGGUGGCCACUGAUGUAUUUUGGUUCAAUUUCAUUCUGGAGAUACUAUAUAAUAUCUACAAAUUUCUCUGCGGUA